CCACGCCGCGCUGCCUCCUCUCAGGGCGCUCCUGCUGCUGCUGUGGGCGCCGCGUCGCAGCGGCUGUGACCGCCGCCUCCCGCCUCCCGCCUCUCCUGUUACCGUGGCAACCCCCAGGAGCCUUCCAGGCAGCAGCAGCAGCAGCAGUAGCAGCAGCCGCUUAGCCGAGCGGGAUAGCAGCGGCGGCAGCAGCAGCGGCAGCUCGGGGUCCAGCCCGCGCCCCGCACAGCCCUCCGGGAGCCAGCCUGCGUGCUGCGCCCGCCCUCCCUCCAUCCCUGGCUCCCCAGCUCCCUCCAGCCUGCACCUGCCCGCCGGCCCGGGACCCUCAUGGAGCUGCUGGCUGCCGCCUUCAGUGCUGCCUGCGCCGUGGACCAUGAGGGCUCCUCCUCGGAGAGCGACCCCCGGGACUCGGCGGCUGGGCACCUGGCCAGCAGCGAAUCUUCAUCUACCCCUGGCACCGUGGCCACCCCAGAGGAGUACCCAGCCCUGGCCGCAGACAGCCCAACCACUCUCACAGAGGCCCUGAAAAUGAUCCACCCCAUUCCUGCCGAUUCGUGGAAGAUUUUCAUCGAACAAAUAGGACUCUUGUAUCAGGAAUACCGUGAUAAGUCCACACUUCAUGAGAUCGAGACUAGGAGGCUGCAGGAUGCUGAGGUCCAAGUGGACGUGGACGAGUCGCCCACCAGCGAGGAGACCCUGCCGGAGGAGGAGCCUGCCAGCUCCACCGAGAAGAGGGCUCUGCCCCAGAUCUGCCUGCUCAACAACGCCAACUCCAGGUUUAACCUUUGGCAGGACCUCCCGGAGAUCAGGAGCAGUGGUGUCCUUGACAUCCUCCAGCCCGACGAGAUCAGACUGCAGGAGGCCAUGUUUGAACUGGUCACUUCCGAAGCCUCCUACUACAAAAGCUUAAGCCUGCUGGUGUCUCACUUUAUGGACAAUGAGCGACUGAAGAAGAUUCUCCACCCCUCAGAGUCCCACAUCCUUUUCUCCAACGUCCUGGAUGUCAUGGCCGUUAGUGAGCGGUUCCUGUUGGAGCUGGAGCAGCGUAUGGAAGAGAACAUUGUCAUCUCCGACGUGUGUGACAUCGUCUACCAGCACGCGGCCAGUCACUUCUCUGUCUACAUCACCUACGUCUCCAACCAGACGUACCAGGAGAGGGCUUACAAGCAGCUUCUGCAGGAGAAGGCCGCGUUCAGGGAGGUGAUCUCCCAGCUGGAGCUGGACCCCAAGUGCAAAGGCCUGCCUUUCUCCUCCUUCCUGAUUCUACCAUUUCAGAGGAUCACCCGGUUGAAGUUACUGGUACAGAAUAUUCUGAAGAGGGUGGAAGAGAGCUCUGAACGGGAAUGCACAGCCCUGGACGCCCACAAGGAGCUAGAAAUGGUGGUAAAAGCGUGCAAUGAAGGUGUCAGGAAGAUGAGUCGGACAGAACAGAUGAUUAGCAUUCAGAAGAAAAUGGAAUUUAAGAUCAAGUCUGUACCCAUUAUAUCUCACUCCCGCUGGCUGCUGAAGCAAGGGGAACUACAGCAGAUGUCUGGCCCCAAGACAUCCCGGACCCUUCGGACCAAAAAACUCUUCAGAGAAAUCUAUCUCUUCCUUUUCAAUGACCUGCUUGUGAUCUGCAGGCAAAUUCCUGGGGACAAGUACCAGGUGUUUGACUCAGCUCCCCGUGGCCUCCUGCGAGUGGAGGAGCUGGAAGACCAAGGGCAAACUUUGGCCAACGUCUUCAUCCUGAGGCUGCUUGAGAAUGCGGAUGACCGGGAAGCCACCUACAUGCUGAAGGCCUCGUCCCAGAGCGAGAUGAAACGCUGGAUGACCUCCCUGGCCCCAAAUCGGAGAACGAAAUUUGUUUCCUUCACAUCAAGACUGCUUGACUGUCCCCAGGUGCAGUGCGUCCACCCCUAUGUCGCUCAGCAGCCGGACGAGCUGUCCCUGGAGCUGGCCGACAUUCUGAACAUCCUGGAAAAGACGGAAGAUGGCUGGAUUUUUGGGGAGCGCCUUCAUGACCAAGAAAGAGGCUGGUUCCCAAGCUCCAUGGUGGAGGAGAUUAUGAACCCCAAGAUCCGAUCCCAGAAUCUCAAGGAGUGUUGGGUCCACAAGAUGGACGACACCCAACGUAGCCAAAACAAAGACCGGAGGAAGCUGGGCAGCAGAAAUCGGCAAUGACCUCUCUCUUCCUCAAGCCCCAACCCCUGAGUCUAGGGCCACUAGGACAGUGAGCAGGUCCUCGGAUGCCUGGAGAAAGAGAGAGAGAGAUUUUGAGUA